AUGGGUCCCCCACUUCCACUCCAUACCAUGAAACCUCCAAUCAGAGACAGAGCUCUCAGUCCUCGGCCUGUUAUCAGUACUCGCAGACGACAGACUCCCUGCCCCCCUCCUGUUCCGCCCCCUGCUGGGAUUCCUCCUUCCAAAGGCAGACGUCUCGGCCUGAAGCCUAUUAUCGGCACUCGCAGAUUCAUUACCACAGAAAAACCUCUGAACCUCCCGCUGGCCUAUCCAGUCAGGCUCUGUCAUUCCCUCAGCGUGAGGAGACGGCAGCAUCCCUCUCCCAUAGAGGCCCGUACACCCUGUCCCUCCAAACUCCAGAGAGACCUGGUGACCAUCAAGCUACAGCAUGGAGGAAUCCUGGGGGGCACCACCUCUGAUAACCUGGAGAGAAACACAGAAAGAAUAGAUGUGAUGGAGGUCAGUGUGGAAAUGCACAGGGAGGGAAUUGCCACAAGCAAUGAAGAUAAGAUGGAGACAGAGCAGCGCCAUUGUUCUGAGGUCCAAACGACAGAUAGGCUGGGUGAGACAGACAGUGAGAUGCCUGGGGUAGAGCACGGGGAGGUCAGACAUGAGACUCUGAAGCCACCUGUGGACUGCCAAAAUGAGAGUUCAUCUGCAGAACUCAAGUACAAGCGGGCCAAACAGAACGGGCCAAAGAUAUCCCAUGACCAGGCUGACGUUAACGAGCCACCCACCCUUUCCAAAGCUAGCUGUGUGACUGCGACCCUGGCAUCUGACCCCAGAGUAAAGGAUUCUGGGAAGAUGAACCCAGACGAAAGGAUGCAAAUGCUAGAGGAGGGGAGGAAGAGCGAGGCGCUGGUGCUGACCUUGGUGUAUCGAGACGGAACAACUCAGUUAGACCCAGAACAGAAGCUCACUCCAGAAGUGUGUGGCCUCCUCAUCCUGAUGAAGAACAGCCUCGCACGCAGCAACCCGGAGGACUCGCUGGCGCCAAACGACAGCCUGGUCUACUUAAAACUAGAACACACACCUGCUUGGGCUCAGCAACACACACACCAGAGCCAGGAGCUGUUUACCAGAGAUAUGCUGCUACAGGUGCUAGCAAGAUCUCAACUGGUGGUGUGCUAUAAGGCCAAGGAUCUGCUCCGUACAGCGCUGCAGUUCUACAGACGAGACCUCAGCGGGAAACAAGUGGCAGGAUGUCGCAUCCAGGACCCACAGGUGUCAGGGUGGCUUCUGGACCCUGAAAAUCCUGCCUCAUGUUUCCAGGACCUUCUCAAUAAACACAGCAAAAGACUGCACACAACACCGGCUCUGGGUACCAAGAAGGUUUCUCAGGUCAUCUCAGGUCUCUAUUCGCUCCACUGGCUCAACAUGGAGCUAUGCUUUAAACUACAGAGCCAGGGCCUGUGGGAGCUGUACUCAGACUUGGAGCUGAACAUGAUCUCUGUUCUCGCAGCCAUGGAGAGCCAUCGUAUCCACGUGGACAAAGAAGCUCUGAAGAGAACUUCAGACCUGCUGGGGGCUAAGAUGAAGCACCUGGAGCAGGAGGCCCACCGAGCAGCAGGGCAAAUAUUCCUGGUCACCAGCAACACUCAACUACGAACAGUCCUGUUUGAGAAGCUGUGCCUCCACGAGCGCUGCGAAAACAAGAAGCUUCCCAAGACCAUCAACAAACGGCAGCAGUCAACAUCAGAGGCUGCAUUGUUGCAGCUUCAGGACCUCCACCCUCUGCCAAAGAUCAUUCUAGAGUACAGACAGGUUCACAAAAUCAAGUCCACUUUUGUCGAUGGGAUUCUCUCCUGCAUGAUGAGCAAGAACUACGUUUCCUCGACGUGGUACCAGACCAGCGUGGUGACAGGGAGAAUCUCAUCCAAGCACCCAAACUUCCAGGCCCUACCAAGACAGCCCCUUCACUUCACCAAGCAGCAGUACAUAGAAGGAAAGGAGGAGGAGGUUGUGACUGUUCAUCCCCGGGCAAUGUUCAUUCCUCAAGAAGGAUGGACCUUUCUGGCUGCAGACUUCUGCCAGGUGGAGCUGCGCCUCCUGGCCCACCUCUCCUCCGACCCCGAGCUGCUCCGCAUUUUCACCGACCCGCAGGCCGACGUCUUUACUAUGUUGGCCUCUCAGUGGAAGGGGGUGAGUGAGGGUGAGGUGACUUCUGAGGAUCGGGAACACACCAAACGCAUUGUCUACUCUGUUGUUUACGGGGCAGGUCGUGAGCGACUGUCAGGGAUCCUCGGGGUGAGCGCUGAGCAGGCCAGCCGCUUCCAGGACAGUUUCCUGCAGAGCUACAGAGAAGUGCAGGCCUUCAUCCAGAGGACCAUCCAGCUGUGCCACAAACGAGGCUACGUGCUCUCCAUCAUGGGUCGACGGCGGACCCUCCCUAACGUCCAUUCCCCGGAUUGGGGCAUCCGGAUGCAGGCUGAGAGGCAGGCUGUCAACUUUGUGGUCCAAGGUUCUGCUGCUGAUCUCUGUAAGAUUGCCAUGAUCCGAAUCUUCAACCUGGUCUCCUCCUCCAGCUCGCUCUCCGCCAGGCUGGUAGCACAGCUCCAUGAUGAGCUUCUGUAUGAAGUGGAGGAAGCCCAGGUGGAGCAGUUUGCAGCUCUGGUGAGGAACACCAUGGAGUCCCUGCAGCACAUAGACCAUCUAGGAGUCCAUCUGAAGGUCCCCCUGAAGGUGGCGCUCUCCAGUGGAAAGUCUUGGGGAUCCAUGUCUGAGCUCAACAUCCCUGCUAUGUCUCCCUCUGCUUCUCUUUGA